UUUUUUACAGAUCCAGUAAAGGACGAUAUAUUCAAGAAAACACAAUGAUCUGGCAAUAUUGCUUCCCACUGUUACUUCUGCAAGCAGGCGUGCAGUCGGGAGAAUGGACAAUGCGGGCUCUGCCCCGUCGGGCCAUCAGGAAGUCUUGCGUGGUGAUACCCUGUACGUUCGACUUCCCUUCGCGUCCUUACACCGCCGUCCACGGAGCGUGGUUCAAGUACUGGAACCACUGGAAGUACACCGUGUAUUACACCAGAGAUCACAACUACGGGAUGGCCGGGUUCAAGGGGAGGGCUGAAAUCGUUGGUAACCUGGGAGAGAAAGAUUGCUCGCUGAGGAUCAAUCACCUCAGAUCAGAAGACUCUGAUGUGUACUACUUCUACGUGGAACUGGACGGCUUUGAAACGUACACCUACACACCUCCCGUCCAACUGCACGUACUGGAUGUACCUGACAAACCCGAGAUUUCAAUCCCGGAAACUCUCAGCGAAGGGACCCCGGUGAGCAUUCUCUGCAAAGCCCUCUACCCCUGUCCCGAUCAACGCCCAUCUCUCACCUGGAGUGAGCUGUCUGAUUCCACCAUCAUUGUGCUUGGGGAGAAAACUAGCGGAGACAUUUCCACUGUCUUGAAUUUUACUCCUUCCGUCGCUCAUCACGGGCAAACUGUUCGCUGUACGGUUGACUACUUUGAUACGAGUCACAGACUGGCAAACUCCGUUACCCUGAAUGUAACAUAUUCCCCUCGGAACACGGUGGUCGAGUGGAACUUCAAAGAAGCCAACACGAUUUCCCUACGUUGUUCCAGUGACGCCAACCCCAGUGUCACUAGUUUCUCCUGGUUCAAGGUCACCCAUGGCGUUGAGACUGAUCUAAGGCGGGGAAGUCAAAAUAUCACCGUUCACCUUGAGUCGGUAAAGGCAACUACAUCCUACAGCUGCACGGCGACAAACGCUCUUGGGAGCUCACGGUCCGCGCCCGUGCGAGUCCACAGGCACCGUCGGUGGCUACAAAUUGGACGAAGAUCUCCUGCUGCUCAACAUUACCUUUCAGAUUGUGCCGUGCUCGCCCAGAAACAGUAUUGACGUCAUAACUAGAGAAGGUGAGAUAAGAAUUGAAUGAAAAGCGUCACAUAAACCAAUAUCAUGAAUUAAGAAUCAAAAGGAUUUAACUGUCGUAUGCACAGUCAAUGGAACAACGAAAUUCGUUUUUGUGCAGCGGCAUAACAGAUCUUCAUGCUCUACGCUAAUAGAUGAUAUCAAUGAAGCAAACAACCAAUAAUGUAAUUAUCACAAUACAAGUGAAAUAAACAAAAUGAGUGCAA